GUCGCUUCAGCCGGGCUGUGGAGCGGACGGACGCGGCCGGUACCCCAGGGAGGGGCGCUACCAGGGGAGGAGGAGUAGGAGGUGGAGAGAAAAAGACGCCCUCGGCCGGAGACCUCUAGAGGCUCUGACCCCAAGGGCCAAGGGACUGACAAGUUCCUCCACUUCGGCCGCCUGAAGAGGCCGUGACCCUGGAGGGCCCUGAGCCCACCCGCGCCAGGGGGCCCAGCGCCACCCGGGUGGCCUAAAGCGACAGUCUCAGGGACCACUGCGAGGUCUCCAGUUGCCUAGACAACGAGCCCGGGGUCAGAGCCACCACCCUUGCAGCCACCUGCCUCCUCUGCCGCCUCAGGCACCCGUCCCGGUCCCGUGAGUCCAGCCCAGGUGACAUGACGGUGCUCUCUACCCCCAGAGCCUCGCGGGUGACCACGCUGAAGCGUACUGCCGUGGUCCUGGCCCUCAUGGCCUAUGGAGCCCACAAACUCUACCCUCUGGUGCGCCAGUGCCUGGCUCCGGCCAGGGGCCCUCAAGCGCCUGCGGUGGAGGGGGAGCCUGCACCAGAUGUCUCCGGUGCCCCCGUGGCCUCAGCGGCCAAGACCGGUGUCAACCAGGUGUUCUUGCAGCGGCUCCUAUGGCUCCUGCGGCUGCUCUUUCCCAGGAUCCUGUGCCGGGAGACGGGGCUGCUGGCGCUGCACUCGGCCGCCCUGGUGAGCCGGACUUUCCUGUCGGUGUACGUGGCCCGCCUGGACGGCCGGCUGGCCCGCUGCAUCGUGCGCAAGGACCCUCAGGCCUUCAGCUGGCAGCUCGUGCAGUGGCUGCUCAUCGCACUGCCUGCCACCUUCAUCAACAGUGCCAUCCGCUACCUGGAGGGCCAGUUGGCCCUGGCAUUCCGCAGCCGGCUGGUGGCCCAUGCCUACAGUCUCUACUUCUCCCAGCAGACCUACUACCGGGUCAGCAACAUGGACGGGCGGCUUCGCAACCCAGACCAGUCCCUGACAGAGGACGUGGUGGCCUUCGCUGCCUCUGUGGCCCACCUCUACUCCAACCUGACCAAGCCGCUCCUGGACGUGGCUGUGACCACCUACACCCUGGUUCGAGCAGCCCGCUCCCGCGGGGCUGGCACAGCCUGGCCCUCGGCCAUCGCUGGCCUCGUGGUCUUCCUCACGGCCAAUGUGCUGCGAGCCUUCUCGCCCAAGUUCGGGGAGCUGGUGGCUGAGGAGGCGCGGCGCAAGGGAGAGCUGCGCUACAUGCACUCCCGAGUGGUGGCCAACUCAGAGGAGAUUGCCUUCUAUGGGGGCCAUGAGGUGGAGCUGGCCCUUCUGCAGCACUCCUACCAGGACCUGGCUUCCCAGAUCAACCUCAUUCUGCUGGAACGCCUGUGGUAUGUCAUGCUGGAGCAGUUCCUCAUGAAGUACGUGUGGAGCGCCUCAGGCUUGCUCAUGGUGGCUGUCCCCAUCAUCACUGCCACUGGCUACUCAGAGUCAGACUCAGAGACGGUGAAGAAGGCGGCCCGAGCGAUGAAGGAGGGGGAACUGGUGAGCGAGCGCACGGAAGCCUUCACCAUCGCCCGCAACCUCCUCACCGCUGCCGCAGAUGCCAUCGAGCGGGUCAUGUCAUCCUACAAGGAGGUCACAGAACUGGCUGGCUACACAGCCAGGGUCUACGAGAUGUUCCAGGUGUUUGAAGAUGUCCAGCAGUGCCGUUUCAAGAGGCCCGGGGAGCUGGAGGAUAUGCAGGCAGGGUCUGGGGCCGUCAUGAGGUCUGGCGUCCGCGUGGAGGGGCCCCUGCAGAUCCGAGGCCAAGUGGUGGAUGUGGAACAGGGCAUCGUGUGUGAGAACAUCCCCAUUAUCACACCCACUGGGGAGGUGGUGGUGGCCAGUCUCAACAUCAGGGUGGAAGAAGGCAUGCACCUGCUCAUCACUGGCCCCAACGGGUGCGGCAAGAGCUCCCUGUUCCGGAUCCUGGGCGGGCUGUGGCCCACAUACGGCGGCGUGCUCUACAAGCCCCCACCCCAGCGCAUGUUCUACAUCCCUCAGAGGCCCUACAUGUCCGUGGGCUCCUUGCGCGACCAGGUUAUCUACCCUGACUCAGUGGAAGACAUGCGCCGGAAGGGCUAUUCCGAGGAGCAUCUGGAAGGCAUCCUGGACAUCGUGCACUUGAACCACAUCCUGCAGCGGGAAGGAGGUUGGGAGGCCGUGUGCGACUGGAAAGACGUCCUGUCAGGGGGCGAGAAGCAGAGAGUUGGCAUGGCCCGCAUGUUCUACCACAGGCCCAAGUACGCUCUCCUGGAUGAGUGUACCAGCGCCGUGAGCAUCGACGUGGAAGGGAAGAUCUUCCAGGCGGCCAAGGACGCAGGCAUCGCACUGCUUUCCAUCACCCACCGACCCUCCCUGUGGAAGUACCACACCCACUUGCUGCAGUUCGACGGGGAAGGUGGCUGGAAGUUCGAGAAACUGGACUCAGCUGCCCGCCUGAGCCUGACUGAGGAGAAGCAGCGGCUUGAGCAGCAGCUGGCGGGCAUCCCCAAGAUGCAGCGGCGCCUCCAGGAGCUCUGCCAGAUCCUGGGCCAGGGCCCCGGGGCCAACCAGGGCGCUGCCACUUGACCGAGGGCCCUGGCUCUCUCUUACUUGGCCCUUGGCCCCCCUCCACCCCCACCCCAACCCUCGGAUCACGUGAAGGAGACAGAGUGCCUGCGCAACCCAGCCCCAUGCCCCCCCACCCCCCGCCACAUGCUUCACCAUCCUCCCAGGCCUCCCAGGGGACCACCCACAAAACCUGUGCCCCCUUCCUGGGGACCUGAGCGAGGGGAAGGGAGAGCAGCCAGAGGCGCACCCUACUGCCAGCAGCAGCCUGGGCCUUGGAGCCCUGGGGGUUGCCAGGCAGCACCUCCCAAGGCUGCAGCUCAUCACUCUUGGCUUUGCAGUCCCUCGGAGACAUCAUGGCCCAUGCCUCUAUUGCCAUCAUCCCAGGGACCCAGCAAGGCUCCCAUCCCCUGGGAUGCCCUUUUUGCUGUAAAAACAGCCAAGUGAGACCCUCAGAAUGAGACACAGCCCCUCAUUCGUGGCCCCCCCCUCCACCCGUCAUUCUGUAGAAUCCACAAGGAAAAGAAUUGCACAGCUUUUCCUACCGAGCCAUAAUAAGAAUGUAGCCCCAUCCCUCCCCGCUUCUCCAAGCUAAUUUAUUGGAUUCCUGUUUGUAGACAUCUCCAUUGCCAGCGGGAACACCCGGUCAGCCAGCCCCUGGCCCGCCCACCACCCCACCAGCUUACACUGCCGACCACCAGAGUGUGGGUGGGGGAGGGCUGGCCCCAGGGGCGACGGACCCUGGGGCCGCCAGGCAUGAGGGCACCGUGGUGCCCAGUCUAGUGCCAAAGAGGGGUCAGCAGGGAAGCUGUGUCCACAAAGGCAGCCUCGACCUGAGAGGGAGACCCCCACUGCCGCCAUGCCGCCGUGUGCCUUUUGGGCCCUCAGCCCUGGGGUCAGGGAGCCUCCCUGAGUUCCUCAGUAAAGACCUGCCGUGGAAAGUGCA